GAAGACGGCCCGCCUAACGGAAAAGCCCGCCGCUGGAGUAGGGGAGGGACCCCUCCUCCCCCUCCUCCACGAGGGGAGGUAGGGGCAGAGGAAGCGAUACACAUUUGAUAGUAGUCUACCUCUCGCGGAGUGGAGACGCCCCGCAAUCUCCGUCGCGUGGCGAAGGAGGAGAGCAGCGAGGAGGAAGGAAAAAAAAAGGUCCCAGAAGAAGAAGAAGGAGGAGGAGGAGGAGGAAGGUAAAAAAAAAGCGCUAGAAACUGGGUCUUCGGGGAGCCCCGAAGUGCGCGGAUCGCCGAGAGAGUAAAAGUGGGAGAGUUUUAAGCUAUGGUUCGGGUGCGAGGCUUGGCACACGCACGUCGACCGCGAGUGACCCACGUCGGCGAGGCAGUGUGAAAAAAAACAUUCCAUCCGCGCGUGGCGGUGGGGAGAGAACGUCGGGGUCCCGCGCGUGAAAUAAGGAAAAGAAAAGGAGCAACAACGAGAAGAAGAAGAAGAAGAAGGCAAGAGAAGGACCUCCCACUCCUUCCUGGAGGAUUACCGUCGUCGUCGUCGUCGUCGUCGUCGGCUGUUGUUGUUGUGCGCGCGCCCCGCGGACUGGGUGCUUGUGUUUAUAUCGCGUGUGUUCGCGUCGAGGCGCGUGUAAGUGCGGCCCCUCGCUGCCUCGCGGGAUAUCUAGUCUGUGGGCAGCCGAAGAACCCGGUGACUUGGACGACGGCGCGUGCUCUUAGCUUCGGAUGACCGCGCCACCCAGUUGGAUCCCCGGCCCCAUCGGAAACACCUCGGUGGCUCUUUGACACAGGGUGCGCAGCCGAGGCGGGCGCCGGCGGCCUGUCCGAUGAGCGCGGUGGACUGGUACUGCCACUACCCGCGCAUCGCGUCCCUGCCCCAUGCGCCGCCGCUGUUCGCCGGCCUGGACAUGCGCGAGAAGGACUCCAGCCCGCGCAAGAUGCUGCUGUCGUCGGGCGGCCACAGCUCGCCCAAGCAGGCGGCCAUGUGCCCGCUGUCGCUGUCGCUGUCCCAGCAGCCGCGCCGGCGCGACGAGCCUUUCGACCUGUCGCGGCACACGCCGGCGCCGCACAUGUCCCCCGCGGGCCGCCCGCACGACGGCGACGACGACGACGACCCGCAGCCGCUCGACCUGCGGGUGGAGCACAAGAAGCUGUCGCUCGUCGUGAUCCGGCGCCGCCUGGAGGACGAGAACAGGAACCUGAUCCUGCGGUCGCCGUCGCCGCGCAAGGACGAGGCGCCUGCGGCCGGCGCCUACCCGGUGCUCUUCCCGCACCCCGCCAUGCUGGAGGCGCUGUACGGCGGCGGCAAGGACCCGCCCCGGCUGGGCUACCCGGGCUUCGCGCAGCCGCCGCCCCGCGCCUACCCCUUCGGCCACCCCCCCGCCGCCUUCCGCGGCCACGCGCCGCCGCCCCCGCAGCAGCAGCAGCAGCCGGCCUCCGCCGCGCCCGGCAAGCUCAAGGACCGCUACAGCUGCAAGUUCUGCGGCAAGGUGUUCCCCCGGUCGGCCAACCUCACGCGCCACCUGCGCACGCACACGGGCGAGCAGCCCUACAAGUGCAAGUACUGCGAGCGCUCCUUCAGCAUCUCGUCCAACCUGCAGAGGCACGUGCGCAACAUACACAACAAGGAGAAGCCGUUCAAGUGCCCGCUGUGCGACCGCUGCUUCGGCCAGCAGACCAACCUGGACAGGCACCUGAAGAAGCACGAGGCUGACGGCCCGUCGAUCCUGGACGACCGGGCGCCCCAGGCGCGGGCCCGCGCGCGCGCCGGAGAGGACUCCUACUUCGAGGAGAUACGCUCGUUCAUGGGCAAGGUGACGGCCGACGGGAGGCUUGUGCACCCGCUGGCGCACCACCACGCGAGGCAGCACCAGCCGGCGGGCUACCACUACGGCGCGCUGCCCCGCGCCUACCCGGAGGACGCCAAGGACACCUUCUCCUCCAGGUCCUCGUCCUCCUCGCUGGGCUCGUCGGCCGCCAAGGGCGAGCAGGAGCGGCCCCGCGGCAGCUCCUGGGCGGCCGCCACGCCCACCAGCGCCGAGGAAGACGACGAGGAGGAGCGAACGACGCCCUCGCCCACCUGAAGCAGGCCGUCUUGACCCUCCCAGACGUCGCUUUCAUUCGCCGUCACAACUCGCAUUACGUCCGCAGAACCAUCCGUCCGAGUUUCGCACGCAUCGCGGCUGAAGAGACAAGGAUAAGAAAAGAAAAAAACAGGAAAAAAAAAAUGACGUGGAAGAAGAAAUCGAGAGCAGUGGUCCGUGUACGACCGAGGCGCCCCGAGUGUUCUUGCGGGCCGCGGCGAAAGUGCGAGCCCUGGAGCGUCUGGUGUCACCAAACUCGUUCUUGGUUUUUUUUUUCUCCCUCCCCGUGUCGCUCGCCUUGGCCGCGGGGCGCGCGCCGGUCGCGGAGAGGAGGGGGGGGGGGCCGACAGAAACUGGACUACUUCGGUCGACCAGGAACGAGACGAACAAGAAGAAAAAAAAAACGAAGAGCCAGAAGAUAUAAUGCGGUCCGGAGGAGUUUCGCGGAUACCGCCGCAUUCAUAAAUAGCGAUGAUAUACAGACACAGUGAACCGCUUUUGGUGCCGACGACGGAAAAGAGAUUUCCAGGAAACUCGUUUAUAUAUAUUUUUAUAUUUCUUUCCUACUUUUUCUUUUUUUCUCUCUCCGAAACACGUGUAUUCUUCCUCGCUUAGAGGCUACUCUUUCCUUCUGUCGCAAUUCCUCUUUUAAGUGGCUGCAUUAUCGUUGUGCACUAACGUUCGCCAGCAGAGAACGUAAAAGAACGCCAUACUUAUAUAUAUAAAAAAUUGAACAUUAAUGUUGUUGACUGAAACUAAUCUAAGAGCUCGAGAUUCGCACUGAGCGCAUUUCUCACUUUUGCUACUGAACCAUGCGAGGGCUAUACGUUACGAUCACAAAUCGCUGUUGCCUUUUUCAACUGUAUACUUAACAACGAAGCCAUGCUGAGUAAAAUAUGAGCCCUAUUAAUAUUACUGAUGACUCCUAACCUGAGGGCUGGUUUCACUUGGAGAUUUAUUUUUUAAAAAACUUGUUCUGUGGACCCUUACAACAUGCCGAUCAUUUUAUCCUAAAUAUUUCUAAACGGCGAUACUGUUUUUAGACUUAUUUAAUUUAGAAACCAAAAUAAAAAAAAAUAUUUUAGGUUGUUUUCAUACAGUACAAUAAUCAAUGGUUUUCCAGCUUGAUGUUCAAACUUGGUGAUUGUCAUGUACAUUCAAAUAUAUGUUAUAUAUUUUUUUUUAUAAAAUUUAACUUUUCGCUAAUAUAAGGGAAAAUGCUUACAUUAUAAUUCAAACAUAUUUAUUUUUCAUACAUAGCAAUUAAAAUGUUUUGUUUUAAGAAGAUGACCAUAAAGAAAACAGUGAAAUAUUGGGAACGAUAAACAGCAAUAAAUUAAAUCGGUAUUCUAAAUACGCACCAUGAUACGUUAAAUCUCUGAAAGAAAAAAAAUAUUUUACCAGCAUGUUACGUUACAUUUUUUUUCUUAGUUUUUGAAGUAUUAUAGUAAUCAUUAACUAAAUGCAGAUAAUUUACACACAUUUGGAAACAAGAAAGUACUUUUUAUAUAUUUGUCAGUAUGUAUAUUGAUAUAUAUAUAUAUAUUUCUAGAUAAAAUAAAUGUUUACAUGUUGGAAAAAUCUAUCAGGCCUAUUUGUGAAAUAUGUUUACUUUGGAGUAAUAAUAAAUUGGUGAUUCUCCUUAACUUUCCCCCAAUGCAUGAUUAAAAUUUGCAUUGCCAACGAUUUAAAUUAAUAGAAUGCAACCGUAUAUUUUAUUAUUUUAUUAUUAUUAUAAUUAUUAGCUUUCAAGUUUUCCUAGUGAAAAAUUUUAACGUUAAAGUAAUUCCACCGUGAAGUUUUUGCUGUCCGUUUAGUGUUUGUUAUAAGUAAAUAAAAACGCACAUAUUUAAAAUAAACUAUGUUUAAAAUGAUUUAAUUUUUAUUUUUUGGUCAGUAAUUUGAUCAAAUUGAAACCGUAAUUUUAAAAUUUCAAUGCACAUAUAAACAUAAAAUAAACCACGCUUUUUAAUACAAAGGACUUCGGCGUAGCACAUUGUAAAAAUGUACAAGCUGAAGAUUUUCACCUGCGUUUCCACUCGAAGAAGUGGAAUUUUUAAGGCCCCCUUAAGAGCGUAACAUUUAUGAAUGCACAGCCAGUAUAAAAUAUUGAAAAUAUAAUAACAAGAUUGAGAAAAACAAGCUAAAUAAUAACAAAAAAACUUUUAUUAAAACUGUUAUUAAUUCAUUAUUUUUAAAUGUGGUUACUUAUAUUACAGCUGUAAUACUGUUUUUUGAGGGCGACGGAAAGAAAAAUUCUCUAAAAGUCGGGGCUGUGCACAUAAUAACUCAAGAAGAAAUAAACACAUACAAUUUUUUCUGAUACUUAAUCUUAUAUUCGUUACCUAAAGCUAGUUUCAGGGUAAUAUGCUGUAGGCAAAUUUUGGCCUUUUUAAGCAACCAGGUAAAAAGCUUAAAUAAGAAAGCAGGUGCCUCUUCAUCAGGAGAAACAUUCCAAGAAUCUCUUUUAGUAUCAAUUAUUCGAAAAAGCACGAAUAAUACGUUUGUAAUCUUAUUCACGUUCUUACAGCCUGAUUUUAAUGAACAGGAUGCAAAUUUUAAUUGAUUCAUUUCAGGUUAGCAACUGAAGAUGACUUAGGUAAUUAUUAUACUCUUCUUCUGUAAAUGUAUGUACCGAAGGUCUGUGUUUUGUUGAACCAAUGAUAAUGAUGAUAAAAUGUGUACUAAAAGUUGCUGAUGAAAUUUUCAAACGUUUCUUAUACUUUUAUUGGGAGGUAUAAUAACUUCAAAUAUAUAUCAUUUUGUAUUUACAUAUAUAAAAAGUGUCAAAUUUAUUUUUUUUAUAUUUUUUUUUCAAAAUUCUAGCCUAUUUUUUACCUCCAGUCAGAUUUGGCUUAUUAACGAACUAAACGGUACGUGUUAAAAUAAAUAAAAAUACAUACAUAAAUGUAAACAUUUACAAAUUGAUGAUGGUUUUGGAAUAUAGGAACCCCGAAACGAAAAAUUAUGUUAACUGUUUACCAGAAAUUGAAACUUUAUAACUGCUGCAUGAGUAUUUCUUCUAAAUGUACUUGAAAAUCAAGAAGGAGUACUAACCAUUCCCCUACUCACCCGAGUUUCCUUAAAACAGUUACAGAGUUUGUUUGGCUUUUGAUGCUGGCCUAAUCAACUGAGGCUCGCGAAAGUUGUGCGCAAAGUUUGUGAACCACCCGGUUUUGUAGACUUAGAGGAAAUUAGGGGAAAGGACGAGUGAUAUGUGCGGGAGAGUUUGUACACCGCGAGGUGUACACAUCCCAUAUCUCUGUUGAACUCGCCCCGAAACUGUUGCAAACAAUGUGAUUCCUGCGUUACUGGUUCCCGUUUUUUUUUCCUCCUUAACCAGAGCCGGAAACUUUCCAAAGAAAAAAAACUGGCCAACUGGGGAACUUUCUCUGGAUUUUUUUCCCCUUCUUUUAAUCACCUGCAGCCUUCGAAUCCAGGUCUACUUCAAUGUUGAAGAUGCGGUUUAAUUCUGACUUAUCAUUCACCUCCUUGCGUUGCACAGUAACUACUUUUUUUUUUCUUUUCUUGUUUUGCGUAAUCCUUCGAUUUACUUUAACGCCAAGGAAAAACUAGUGACAUUAGUGUCAAACAUUAAAUAAAGAGAAAGCAAGGCUUCAUAUCACGUACCUGAUAAUGCUCCUGUAAAAAAAUUCCAAACAUUAAGUAUGUCUAUAGAAAUGGUUUUAAGUGGAAAUUUUACUGCUUAAGGAACUAUUCAAAUCCGCCAAAAGUUAUUUCAAGGAAAAUAAAAAAUCUUUUUCAUAAAAUGAAAAAUUCAUAUAUUAAAACUUUACCAGAUCAGUAUUUUUAAUGUAAUAAUGAAUUGAAGAGUAUUAUCGUACUAAGAAAUCCUAAAUUAUUAAAAAUAUAAUUAGAAAUAAUGUGGAUAUCAUUACAAAAACUGGUUGUUUUAAAAUAUCUUAAAUGCUGUAACUGUAAUACGACUAUUUGUAAUUACACAUAUAAAAAAUGAUUCAGUUUAAAUAGGUUUUAACACAUUUUGAAAAGCAUUAAUUGUGUGAGGUAACGUUUAUACUUCAUUCUCACAAAAAUUAAAUAAAUAAAUAAAUAAAAAUCCUGACGUUCACAUCUGUCAGUGAACAGAACAAACAAAUAAUGCACUAUUUAAAAAAAAAUAUAUUUUUUUGCAAUGUUCCCAUUUGCAGUAGUAGGAAGACUAAUUCCAAUGACAAUGGUGUGAUGUGAGGAAGUUAAAAAAAACUUUUCUGAACAGAAGUAAAAAAAAAAGUUACUUGUGACCUCGUAGCCAUUUAAGUUCCGUAUAUCUACCGCUGAAGCAGUUUACAACAUCCAAAGCUCGAAUCAGGAAAUUAACUCCUAUAACUACACUUGGCAUCUUUCCAAAAGUUUUUUAAUGCACUUGUAUUAACUAACUCCAAAGUUUGUAAGCAUCCUAAAUUCCUUUGCAUUGCAAUGAAACAGUAAAAAUACAUUCCUGUCAUUAAAUGUCUUGGCGCUAUAAAAAAUGUGGAUUCAAAAAGUUGUCCUUUAAGUACGAUCAUAUCUUUACUAACCAAAUCCCACUCAUCUUAGUUAAAAAUUUCCACAAGAAUAAUUGAUUUUCUUUGCGGAACAAAUGCUUUUUUGUGUGAGCUCUAAGGCGAUAACACCAUGAAUGUUUCGUUUCACUUUAUUGUUCCGUAUAGCUUUCAGAAAAUAUAUAAAUGUUACCUGAGAGUUGUAAAAUGUGACGCAAGUGACACGAAAUUUUAUUUAAUGCUGUCAAAAUAACUCUUCGUUAAUCCCCGGCGACAAAAUUUUGAACCAAAAAAUAAAUAAAAUGUCAAGUGAUUUUUGUUGUUCCAAAAUAUUUAUGGGAUAGACAGCUAAAAAUAGCAACGAAGAGGAAAUGAAAUGAAAAUAACACUGCGCGCGGUCCGCUGUGACGUAGCAUCCUGUCAAUCGAAACCACUGAGAGAGAAUGUGUGAGCUAUUAGUCUUGCAGCACUCGGCAGAGAUGUGUAACGUGUAACAUCGGUAACUUUCAAAUUCACGUGUUCUCAUGUUGCAUGUAAACUUACAAUACGAAACUCGGACAUGAAAUUUUGAAGAUUUUUUUUUUUUUAAAUAAUGCCUGCCGAUCGUGAUAAAUACAAGCAAAUUGUGUUUUCAACUAAAAUUCUGCGCGCGCCGGAACAGCUACGUCGACUAUUUAUAAUGAAACGGCUCCGAUAAAAGUUAAAAAAAAAAAAAAAAAAAACUUAAAAACAUUACUAACCCCCGGCUUUGGAUCUGAUUUUCAACACGGACUUUUAUUUUUUUUUUUUUAAAUGAAUGCCCAUCUUUUUAAAAUGCAUUCAAAAGUUAAUACCAACAAUUUCCCUUUGGCUUUGCGAACUUUGGUUCCUAGCCAUCCGCCACAGAUGACAUCACCGUGUGGUCACACGUUUCCGUUCCACGAGACUUCCCGUUCCGUUCACGGGAAUAUCUCCCGUCAAACGCCGCCGUGGGUCGAGAGCUAAGAUGUUACACGUCAAAAAAAAAUAAAAAUUCCUCGCGAACCCCCUCGCGACGCUUCGAGGUCGGCAGCUUUCCCCCGGGGUGUUGUUUGUGUGUUGUUGGGUAAGUUUUGCGGAGUGUGGAAAUUGGGGGGGGGGGGGGACAGGCCAAACUAGAUCAGCCGCUGAGGACGGCCUGUCCGCUCGGAGGACAACGGCAUCGCCGCGAUGGGAAGCGACGUGCUAGGUCGACCGCGCCGCCUCAUGCGUAGCUUCGUCCCGCCAUCCGAAGGCCGCCCGGCCAAAACCUCGUUCAGAGCCUCCAGGUGUUCAAAGGGGUUGCAGGUAUCCUUAAUUAUUUUCAUUCCUAUAAUUUCACCUUUUCGGCUCAUUACCUACUUGAUAAAACUCUUUAACACUGACUGGCUGACAGGCGACGCAUGCUCUAAAUCGGUGGGGUCUAGAAACAUGGAAAAAAAAUUUCCAAAGGAGUUACUUAUAUAAAGUAGGUGAGAAAUAAGAAAUGAGUUUUGAAAAUUCAUCCCCUUCGGUGCUAAAUUGGGGAUGAAAUUUCGUAUGGAAGUUUGUCAUUUUUUUGAAGCUAGAAAUUUGAAAAUCGGUGCUUAGGUUUCUGUUUAUAAAUAAAAAAAUGUUUUUAUCAGAGUUUUUGGUAAUAAUAUAUCAUAUAAUUAGGAUCAAAUACGUUCUCAUCAGACACAUGGCUGGUUUGAAAAAAAAGUCAUAAAAAUAACUCUUUCCAAUUGUUUUUAAGGUGUUUUAUAAAUUUAAUAUCCAUUUUAUUUUAUACUUAUUAUAAACUUUAAGGAAUGAUUUUUAUGCCAAACCUUGCUUGAACUAACAGCUCGUCACCGUGUUUAACACGAUAAGAAAUUAAUCGUUUGUGUUAACCUUUAACACGUAACACUCAUUUUUUUGUACAUCAUUUAUAAAUCAAUAAAAAUUUUGUAUUUCACCGAAACCAUGAAAAAAAUCCUGUUUGUGGGAUUCUAGAAAAAGUAAUUUUUAUUGAUUUAUAAUUAUAUGGAAAAAAUAAGUAAUACAAGAUAAAGGCUACAUACAAACGAUUAAUUUAAAACCAUUUCAUGCUCUUGGUUCAUGCUAGGGUUGACAUAUGAAUUGGCCUUUAAGUUUUGAAAUAAUAUAAAAUAAAUAAUUAUAAAAUUUAUAAAUUUUAUAUAACAAUAAAGAAAAGUUAUACUUUUUUUUAAUCAGUAAAUAUGAAACUGGAAGCAAAAUAAUUUAGGAUACUACUCCCUUAACCACUGUUUACUAACUGCUUGGUAUUUGUUUGAAGUAUCUGAUUACAACUGCCCAUUUAGAACCAUUGCACUUACCAAUACAAGAUUAGUUUUAUGUUUUCCUCCUGAACAUGCAUUUCUGGACAGUGGAAAAGGCGUAAACCGGUGUUUUCACUUAAGUUUUUAUAAAUGAAAAAUUCCAAACGCAGUGUUUUAAGUGGAAAGUGAGUGCAUGGAGCCUUUAUCUUUAAUAUUCCAUCAUAAAAUUUCAAAAAUUUCAAGGUUAAGGCGUGGAAGUCCCAUAGAAGCGCGUUACCGGUGCGAAGACUGUACGCUUCGUGUUUCUUCGGCAGCACUCGGCAGUCGUCGGCCUGUAUUUGUGUUGAAAUGUUUUAUCCCAUUGCUCCUUCUGAACAAUGUUUGCUGUCUAACACUAAAUUAUGGAUACAUUUUCUUUAAAAAUUAGCGUUUAGUGAUAGUUGGAGAUAUUACCCGAUAACACAUUUUUUCGCUCAGAAGUCCACUCGUUUCGUAGUAUAUUGUGUCUGAUAUUUUACAAAUAUUUACCGUACUGCAUUACGUAUUGUGGUACCAAAUUUAAAUACGUAGUAAUGUGUGUUUAACGUCAUAUAUUUUUACCAUAAAAAUUAAAAAAUUUAAUUGAUUUAUUUUUGAUUGUCUUCAGUAAAUGUAUUUAUUAUUUUCAUUUAUCUCAAACGAAUUAUUUAAACUAAAACAUAUGAGCCUCCAAAGGACGCAAAAAAAAAAUUAAUUUUUCAAAUCACGUAAAAUAACAUUUUUAGUGUUUUUUUUUAUCAAUUCAAUUAAAAUAUUUUAUCAUCAUUUUCAUGACGUAAAUUUCUAGUUAAUAGUAAAGAAUACUUUGCAAUUUUUUUUAGAAGAAACGCUUUUAAAAUUGUAGAAAUAUUAAAAAUAAUGUUUUUUUUUGUCGUUAAAUGAAUGCUUUCUCUUUGUAUUCAACGUGUGUCUUUCAACGUUGAAAGGUCAACAAUUACUAUGUUUAUGAAUUUUCAUUGUUUUCAUCGUUCCCAAUGACACAACGAAAUGUAAAACAUCGAAAAAGAAGUUUGGAAUUACAUUAAUAUGGCUUUUAUACAUUUCUGAAAGUGGCCGUUCAUAGGUAUUGAUUUCAUAAUAUAUUUCUAGCACUGUAUGAAAGAGGCUUGCUCACACAACUCCAAAGAUUAGAGGAAACUCUUUACUUCAAUAACUAAUUGGUCCUAUUACAUUGUAUUCUCUAAACUUUUAACUUAUAAUGAAGUUGUAAAACAAGGAUUUAUUAAUUUAAUGUAUUUUUAAACCACAUCUCAUAAAAUAAAUCUAAUCUCAGUAUACUGUACAUUUUAUUUGAAUGUUUUACCACAUACGUGAUUGGCAUUGUAAGGGUUUACCAGAUCAUCCACAGUACGCCUACUUUAGUUUUUAUGAAAACUGUUCAUUCAUGCUCAAUCUAAGAACUUAUAAUGACAUUUUAUAUUAAAAGAUAUGUCAAUGUAUAAAUUUUUUUUUAAAUAAAUAACUGUGCACAAACAUUUAUUUCAAUAGAUAACAUUCCAAAAGUUUGCUUCAACAAGAAAACUUUCUUAUGUAAUAAUUUAAAUCAAAACCAAACUGUUCUGAAAGUGUGAGUGAUAAACUAAAAACAUGAUUAAUCGUGAACCUACUAUAUGACUUUAUAAUAGACUGUUAACCGAGCAUACGUUAUUUCUUAUAUUUUUUUCGAAAAUAAAAUACUUCCAUUUCUUUCUUAUUAGAUUUGUUGUAUCGCUUAAAUGACUUUUAUUUUUGGAAAAUUGUUGUGUCUGUUAGCAAAUUAAGCAGUGCUUAGUAAUGUAAACAUGAUGUGUUCCUAUAAAACGCAUUGGGUGCGAUAAAUAAAAAGUUACCUUCAACCGAGUGUUGAAAUGAUAUAGCUGAUUUUAUACGAGAGAGAAUAAUAUAACGCUAAAAAUGUACGAAUGUAAAGCAAAGAAAAGUUCUAAAAUCAGGUGACUAUGUUGCUAGCAAAAAUGUACACAAAAACGAAAUGAAAAAAUGAAAUAUAUCUAAAAUUAUUAAUUCAUUAAAUAAAAAUUUAACGCCCAAUUCAGUAGCAGUCAAUAGAAGAUAUUUGAUAUUAUAUAUUACAUCAAAAUAUUAGAUCUAAAAUUUAUUUAACAAUCAGUUCUACAAAACCAAACAAAAACAAUUUUGUAGAAGUUCAGCUACUAAAACUAAAAUUCUAAUAGUUAAUAAACCAGAUGCUUUAUCUGACAGCAAUAUUUCCAAAAAUUUGUCAAGUACGCCUGAUUUUCAGAUCUUUUCUUCUAAUGAGCAGAAAUGUAAGGUGCUCAGAAAACGAAUUGUACCGAAAAAAAAGAAGACAGAAAACUAGUUUGUAUAAUUUAUAGUGUUGUAUAAUUUAAGUCUAAUUGUACAAGUGAUAUAUAAGUUCUUAAUUUUACAUAAAUUUAAGAAAUUUCAAAAUCACUUAAAUAUACAAGACUAUUAAACAUUAAAUUUUAUUCUAAACACUGAGAACUAUUAUGAAUCAUGUAUACUGUAAUAGAUAUCCUAGAGCUUUACUUCACCCAGAAGUUUUUGCGAGUACUUUCAAUCCAUUAGUAAAUGUAAAUUUCAUCUUUUGUGUCAGAUACAAAAAAAAAUUAAAUAAAUGUGCCUUUUAUAAACUGCCUUAGUAAGAACUGUAAACAGAUGUUAAAUAUAUUAUGGUGAUAUUCCUUCAAAGCAAGGAUAAUAGAUAUAUAUUUUUUUCAAGUACAUGUUAAAAAUUUAGUUUAACCAUUGCCUUUUAAAUUUUUAUGUAAGUCAAAUUCUUUCUGUUGGUCAUUAACGCAUAAGAAAUAUUUCCUUUUGACGGAGAUUAGAUUUGAAUUAAUUCUUAAAAUGGAAUAAGUACUUACUUUUACUUCGCUUUGUUCACAAAAACCGCAGAAAAUGUGUUUUUGAAGUAAUUAAAUAACACCAUUAGAAUAAGUAAUUAUUUUGUGUUAAUUAAAUAUACAAAUGAAAUGAUAUUUUAGAUUUUAGUUUCAUUCGUAGAGGUGAUAAAGAUAUUAAUUAAAAUAAAUUAUGGUUACCAUUGAGUCUCUCCUUUGUAUAUGUGAAUUUAAGUGCUUAAAAAGCACUAGUCAUAUAAUAUGUUCAAAAAUAUCUUCUAUGUAUUAAUAAAGUAGAUAUUGAAAUUGCAGAAAUUGACUCUUGUGUUUUUUAACUUAUGUGCUAAAUAUUUUAAAUGUUUAUUUACAUUUUGACUUUUAAAGUCACAAGUCACAAGAGAAUGUCUAUGUCUUGUACAAUAAGUUUUUUUUUCAAUAUUAAAAUAGUUUAUCUCCUGUUGACUGUAAAGAAAACGUAAUAAAACUCAUUGCUGAUUUACAAAUGAA